GGGCCGAGCUACACCGCGUCCCGGCGUCGCGUCCGGCCUCUCUCUGUCUCUACCUGCAGACGCGUCUCCAGCUGCUCCCCCCUCCACGCGGCGGAUGCGCGCCGGCCGGCUGUGCGCUCCACUGAACUCGUUAGUUCGCUCGAACGACUGCUCGAUUACUCCCGAUAACUUCCGGGCCCGCGGCUAGGAACAGUAUGGGCUGGGUGCGUGUCGCCGUGCCCGCCGGCGGUCCGGACUACGAGGCUAGUUGUCGCAGAUGACGCGCUCGACGCUCCGGAAUAUGUGACAGUGGGCAGCACCGGUGGCGUGUGGAGGACUAGCUGAGGCGAGAGUGUCUGCGAGGGGGAGACCCGAGUUACCAUGUUGAGUCCGUUCGUGGACCCGAGUCACCACCACCACCUGGCAGCCAUGGGCAUCAAGAUGAGUCCUCCGUCGUCGGCGCUGGUGCACCAGGGCGGCGCCGGCGGCACCGCGGACCACUACCAGGCGUCGUCCGCCUCCGGGGGCGGAAGCGGAGUGUACGGUGGCGCGGGGGCGGCGGGGGGCGGCAGCGCCGUGUCGGCCGCCGCGACGGCGGGCUACGCAGCGCGCGACUUCCUACUGCGGCGCGACCACCACUCGCAGGAGUUUUCCGCCUCCGGGGCCGGCGUCGCCGCGGCCUCCGGGGGCGGCGGCGAGUCCGGCGCGGGGGCGGCGGCGGUUCUGUUCCCGGCGGCGGCGGCGGCGGCCGCGCUGCACCACGAGGCGGCGGGCCACGUGCUGCCGCACGCGCACCACCACCAGCACCACCACCACGCGCUGGCGUCGCACCACGCGGCCGCCGCGCUCAACCACCAGAUGCGGCUCGGCAUGGACGUGUACGCGGCGCGCGCCGGCGUGGGCGUCGAGCACGGCCACCACGCCGCCUACCACCACGCGCACCACCCGCACCACCCGCACGCGCACCACGGGCUGGCGCAGCACUCGUACCCGCACCACGUGGCGGCCGCGGCCAUGCACCACCACCACCAGCAGCAGCAGGCGGCGGCCGCGGCGGCGCACCACGGCGCCUUCUUCCGCUUCCGCCAGCCCGUCAAGCAGGAGAUGUCGUGCAUGUGGGUCGAGCCCGAGCAGCCGCCGCCGCGCAAGACGUGCGCCAAGGCGUUCACGACCAUGCACGAGAUCGUGACGCACCUAACGGUGGAGCACGUGGGCGGGCCCGAGUGCACCACGCACGCCUGCUUCUGGCAGGGCUGCCCGCGCAACGGCCGCCCCUUCAAGGCCAAGUACAAGCUCGUCAACCACAUCCGCGUGCACACGGGCGAGAAGCCCUUCCCCUGCCCCUUCCCCGGCUGCGGGAAGGUGUUCGCGCGCUCCGAGAACCUCAAGAUCCACAAGAGGACGCACACCGGCGAGAAGCCGUUCAAGUGCGAGUUCGAAGGCUGCGACCGGCGCUUCGCCAACAGCUCGGACCGCAAGAAGCACUCGCAUGUGCACACGUCGGACAAGCCGUACAACUGCCGCGUGGCGGGCUGCGACAAGAGCUACACGCACCCGUCGUCGCUGCGGAAGCACAUGAAGGUGCACGGCUGCAAGAGCCCGCCGCCGGGCCACCCCGCCUACGACAGCGACGACGACGCCGCCGCCGACGGCGACGACUCCAACUCGUCCGGCUCGGCCGCGUCCGCGGGGGCGGGCCCGCCCUCGCCGGACCACCCCCAGCCGCCGCCGCCGCACCCGCCCCAGCAGCAGCACGCUGGCGCGACCAACCUGUCCGAGUGGUACGUGUGCCAGAGCAUGCCGACGCCGCCCAGCAACGACCACUCGCCGGUCAGCCAGCUGAGCCACCACCUGGGCCACCACCCCAUGAUGCACCACCACCACCAUCACCACCACCACGGCGCCGCCACCGCCUACUGACGACCACCCCUCGGCCCGCUGGAAGCGUCUGCGCAGCGCCUCGACCUGGCGCUGCACUCGCCGUGACCGCCGGCCCUCCCACCAGCACGCCGCACCGCAGGCUCUGCAGGCUGGACGUGGACG